AUUAUCUCUUCGUUGGUCGCUCCACACGGCUGCCGAAGCUAAUGGAAUCUUUACGGAGCUUCGGAAUCCGUUACGUGGUAUUGUCGCGUCGCGCUUUUGUCCAGCGUUAUCGCGGGGAGGCGACACCGGGGAGUCGUGGUCGCGCGUGGUCUCUAAUUUCACGAAGACGCUUCCAACGAAAAUGACGUCCCGUCACGAGAAGGAGCGUGCUAAGCAGAUACAGGAGAAAUGUCAGAACUUGCUGACGCAAAUGCUUCGCGACGAGGAUAACAAGUACUGCGUGGACUGCGAUGCGAAAGGACCAAGAUGGGCUAGCUGGAACUUGGGAAUUUUCUUGUGUAUUCGAUGUGCUGGUAUACAUAGAAAUCUUGGAGUGCACAUAAGCAAAGUCAAGUCUGUUAAUUUAGACACAUGGACGCCAGAACAAGUAGUGAGCUUACAACAAAUGGGCAAUUCUCGAGCUAGAGCAGUCUAUGAAGCAAAUCUUCCAGAUAGUUUUCGAAGACCACAAACAGACUGUAGUCUUGAAAGUUUUAUUCGUGCAAAAUAUGAACAUAAGAAAUAUAUAGCCAGGGAAUGGGUGCCUCCUCCUCUACCAAAAGUUAAUUGGGACAAAGAGCUUGACGAAGAAGCCGAGAGACAACGCAGACGAAAAAAAGAGAAUUCCGAAGCUGUGGCUGCUGUACUCCCACCUGUAAAAAAACCUGAAGUAGUGCCUCAAUUGCCAAAACCACGAAGUUCCGUCAGUCCUAAACUGAGUAGAACAAAAGAAAGUUCGGCAAUUUUAGAUCUUUUAGGUCUUGAUGCACCGGCAACUAACCAAACAAGUGUAAAUGGUUCUGGGGACGAUGUAUUUUCCUCUUUUUUAUCCGCACCACCUGCUUCAACGACUUCAACUGGAAAUGAUACUAAUGGAAGCAAAGCGAUCACUACUACGAGUAAAAGCGAGGAGGAAAGCUUCUUUGACCAACCAACCCCAUUACCUCAGGAAAAAAGCAAGAUGACAAAAGACAGUAUUUUAGCAUUGUAUGGUACACCGAGUCAUCAACCAGCGAUGUAUGGCGUUCCAGGAGGAGUAUAUUCUCAGCACUCUAUUCCAUAUAAACAGCAAGUACCAAAUGUUGGUACAUUUGGACAACAAAAUUCCUUGAGCCAACUCGGCCAAAUUCCUACGCAAAUACAAGUUACAAAUCAAUUACAGUCUGUCAAUCAAAAUCAAAUUAUGGCAAAUCCUAAUUCGAUAGGCGCUGUACCAGCCAAUCCUUUAGGCUUACACGUAGGACAAAUGAAUCAACUAAACGGUAUACCAAAUGCUGCUAUUACAAUGCCACCUCAAAUGAUGAUGCAAUUAGGACAAAAUAAUAUUCCUAGUAAUAAUGGAUGGAGUGGUAUGUUAACACAGAAUCUACAGCCAGCUCCUGGAAACAAUCCCUUCUUCAACUUAACAGCGCAGCAACAACAAACUGCUGCCUUUGGUACUCAAUUGCCGCAACAAAUGUCGCAAAUGUCUCUGGGUGAUAUGAACUUUGCCGCUGCAACGGGCAAACCUGCCACUGCCGCGUUACCCGGGCAAACUCUUUCCACCAACUUAUGGCAGUAAAAGAUAUUAUGGAUAUUGUUAGCCUGUUGAUUAUCUCAUUCAGUAUUGUAUAUUAGCGUCGGCAGUUUAUAAUCCAACGUAAUAACGUUUCUAUGCCGUUCUGUUGAGCGUCGCUUGAGGAAGUAAUAAAAUUGGUGAUGGUGACACCAAAAAAUGAAAAGAAAGAAAAAUUACUUGAAUGUUGAAGCAUAGAAAUAAUAAAUGUUUCGAAUCUGUUUCGUGAAACAGAAUCUGUGAAUGUGUAUAGUGCUUCGAAUUGGUAAAUAUUUUUCUUCGGAAGUCUUUAUCGGCUUUCAACGUUAUUGUUGAAGAAUAAACAAGAAUAAUAAUAAAAAUAACACAUCUUUGACUGAUUGUAAGGAAUUAUUUGUGACAUUAAAUACGUACUUUAUGGUACACAUUAUGUUGUUACAAUAUGAGCUUUUUGUAAUUGCAAUUGAUGUAUGUACCAGGGUCCAUUUUCAACGUAAUAAAAUGUUUAUUGAGGUCAGUAACGGAAAACGGUAUAAUUUUGGUUAUCUCAGGUUUCGUUGCUAUAAAUUCUAUGUGGAAAUGUGUUCACAAAUUUAUUCGUGAAAAUGGAAGUCCUACAAUUAAAGUACAUUUUCUCAUAUCUUCUCAUAUUUUCUCAUAUAAUAGCAUCGAAAAUUGAAUUUGUUGAAAUUAUAUCAAUUUCAAAUACUGAUACAAAGAGAUAUCUACAUGCUACUACAAAUUUCGUCAAAGAUGUAAAGAGACUUAAAUCUUCAACACUUAUUUUUAAGGUACUAUAACCGACACGUGCAAUAUGUGUCCACAUUUAUUCUGUAUUAUUGGUGAAUAAAUGCAAGAUAAUACAAAUGCGAGAUGUAACGCAUUCUAUUUGAGUAAGAUAUGAAAUAUUACUGUUGUGACAAUGAUUAAAAUAGUUCAGCAAUUGAUUAAUAGCAGUAUCUGUAAACUGUAAGAAAAAUCUACGAAUCACGCAUUGGUGCUAAGAGUUUUAAAGCAUUUAGUUGACAUCUAAUAAAACAGUAAUGUAUUGGUGA